CGGUCAAGGGCGAGGAAGUACUCAGGGCGCCCAGCAAACACCGAGCCACCUGUAGGAUUCCACCCGACCGCCACCCCGGUGAAGGGGCAAGGAGGGAAGUCACGACCCGGCCCAGAAGUAGCAACCCGUUGUCAUGGGAACGGAAGGUGUGGAACGCGCACGAGGUCUCUGGAUGGCAGACACUGAAAAGAAAUGCUGUUUUAAGAGGUAUGCUUAGAGAAAAAUAAUACUUUUCUCUCAGUUUGUGAAGAGAUUUUUUUCUGAUUGAAUUCUACAACCUCCUUUAAAUAUAUAUAAAAGUAUCUAAAAGGUGUUCUGAAAAAAACUUAAGUGUUCUGAAAAAAAACUCAAAACCUUUUUGAGGUCUAGUUAUAACUUAAAGAGUGUUUUCUCUUUAGGGAAUGUCUAUUUUUGAUAUAUACAAGAAGUAUUGCUAUGGUUUCACCUAAUAUGGCUACAAUAUUUCUAACGUGAACAUCUUGUUUUUCUCCCCAAGCCAGCUAUAAGCUGUCUUUAUAUUGGCUUUAAGAGCCACAGUGUGAUAGCUAUGUUGAAACUAAAAAGGAAUAAUUUCAUUGUUUUAAUCAUAGUAUUUGAUGUGUGAAAGUGUUUCAGUUGAACUCCUAAAACCUAUUUAAAUGUAAACCACAGAAAAAUAUUUGAAUUUUCUCAUAUCACUUAUCCUGCUAAUAGGAAUUAGGGAAUUCCUGUUAGUGGCAAGUGCUCUUUCCUGCUACUAAUUUUGACAUGUCGCACAAAAUUUAACAAGCAAGCAAGCUUUUUAGUAGUUACAUUAGUCACCGGAGGAACAAUAUUCAAAAUAAUGUAAUUGUUAACAAGAAAUACUUGAUAAAUCUAUGGAGAAAUUGAAACACUUAAUAAAUCUAUGGAAAAAUUGCUUCACUUCCCAUGCAGAUCAAGUGAAAAGUUCAGCUGCAUUCAAUGUAGAGACACCUCUGAAAGAAGCCUUCUGCAGAAACUGUUGAAAAGGAAGUUCAUCCAAGCUACUAGUCACACCAAGUGACUCAUAAAGCAAUAGGGUAUACAGUCAACUCUGUGGGUGGGCAUUCAGCUUGCAGAACCUUUCAAAAUAAAAUGCAUGUUCUUUCCUGUGGCUAUAAUUUGGGAAUUAGUGAACCAGCAAUUGGUCACUAAUAUUUUAGAAAUAGUACUUUGAUAACUGGAUUUACACAAGUGUGCAAACCACACAGAUUUGUAAAAUAAUUGCUGCUGUCUCAUUUUCAUGCCAGCAUCAUGUAAACUAUCCAUCUUUACACAGUUGGUGAAACAUGGAAAAGAAGUGGAGUCUUCCCCGUGAUUUAGAAAUAAAAGAGUGAAGUUACUAGAGUUUUAUCCAAAACUAUGCAGAUCAAUACAAUGUUGUAGACACCAAAGAUGCUGACAAGAAAAAUUAAACUUUGGGACAUCAAUGCCCAUAUAACCUGCCGCCUUUGCAAUGGUUAUCUUAUCGAUGCUACCACUGUAACGGAAUGCUUGCAUACCUUUUGCAGGAGUUGCUUGGUAAAGUAUUUGGAGGAAAAUAAUACCUGUCCCACAUGCAGGAUAGUAAUACACCAGAGUCACCCUCUCCAGUAUAUUGGUCAUGACAGAACAAUGCAAGAUAUUGUUUACAAGCUUGUUCCAGGUCUUCAAGAAGCGGAAAUGAAAAAGCAGAGGGAAUUCUACCACAAAUUGGGCAUGGAAGUACCAGGUGACAUCAAAGGGGAGACGUGCUCAGCCAAGCAGCAUUUAGAUACUCACCGUAAUGGGGAAACUAAAGCAGAUGAGAACACAAACAAAGAAACAUCAGAAGAGAAACAGGAAGAAGAUAAUGAUUAUCACAGAAGUGAUGAACAGGUAAGCAUCUGCUUGGAAUGCAACAGUAGCAAAUUGCGUGGAUUGAAGAGAAAAUGGAUUCGUUGCUCAGCACAAGCUACAGUCUUGCAUCUAAAGAAGUUCAUUGCCAAAAAACUUAAUCUUUCUUCAUUUAAUGAGCUGGAUAUAUUAUGCAAUGAAGAAAUUCUGGGCAAGGACCAUACUCUCAAAUUUGUAGUUGUCACAAGAUGGAGAUUUAAGGUAUGCAGCAUUGGUAAUCGAUGGAUGCAUUUAAUAUUCUCCCUUUGAAACUCUAAACCUUUACUUUAUCAUUCAUAAAGAUAUAACUGAUGUCCUGAUUCCUUGUGGUCCUUCUCUUUCCAUGUUCUCAGGUCAGAAAUUAUCUUACUGUUUUGUUUUAGCUUGGGCAGGAAAAUAAAGGAGGGGAUACUGGGCUUUGGGACAUCUUUGUUUUGGGCAAAGAUAGAGAUAAUGUCUGCCAAAGUCUUCAGACUAGAAAUCUCCAAUUUCCCCACCAUUUAGGGGUAGCCUUGCAGAACCUGCUGAGAUAUUGAGCCUGAGGGUUGCUGUGUCUCCUGGGCCAUCAGUGAUGGGCAUCAGAAUCCUAAACAAAGGUUAACUUAAAAACAUGUUUGUUUGUUUAUUAAUGGUCUGCAUCAGAGAGUUCCUCAAGCACUUAUGUUUAUUUUUCAGAAAGCACCUCUACUGCUACAUUACAGACCGAAAAUGGACUUGCUGUAAGAACUGUUUUGUCCUUGUGGACGGUUUUUUUGCAGAGACUAUCAUCAGGCACCUUCUUAGUGCAUCGUUACUCAAUUCACUCGUGACACAGACCAGCAAAAUCCAUUCCUGAAAAACAGUAGUACUUUCCCACCCCACCAUUCUGAAAAUUUCUCUUGAGAGAUGCAUUAAACUCAACGUUCAGGACAGUAAAAAAAAAAAUAUUUAUACUAUUUUCUACAAAAAAAAAAAAAAGGAAAGUGCAGUUUGAACGGACACUACCAGCAUGAUGUUUACAGACAUUGAAAGCACUUCACAGUUCCCUCUGUGUAGCUCAGUUCUUAGUCAUCAUCUUAAAAGAUGCAAAAUAGGUUAAAAUGUAAGGGAAGGAGGUAAUUUUCAAUUUCUUGUCACCAAGCAGCUCUUGGAUUGUUUUGCAAUUUAGCUUAAACAUAGCCCUUCCUUCCUUCCUUCCUUCCUUCCUUCCUUCCUUCCUUCCUUCCUUCCUUCCUUCCUUCCUUCCUUCCUUCCUUCCUUCCUUCCUUCCUUCCUUCCUUCCUUCCUUCCUUCCUUCUCUCCUUCCCUCUCUCACCAAGUGUUCUGUCUCUUAAACCUCACGGGCAUCUUGUUGAUCAGUAAGCCCUUCAUAGUGUUUAACAUUGAAAAAAAAAUGUAAUGGUUGGCAGUGACUUGACAUCAUGAUACAGUUCUGGAUUCUGCUCCUUUGUUCCUCUGCUGAUUAUUUGAGGAAGGUAUUGAAAUGAGUGAUUUCCAUUUUAUUUCAGUUUUCUCAGAUCACACAAACUGUUGAGCAUUUAGGGGGGGAAACAUCCUUUUUCUGUAAUAUGUGUGACUUACAUAGCUGGGGCGGAAACGGGGAUUUCCUCUUCUGAAAAAUGAAAUAAGCCUUUAGCAGCCUUAACUACUUGAACUCCAGUAUUGUUCUCUUGAACAACACUCAAUACUAAUGCUGGAGCAUGCAUUCUAUGACAAGCAUGAGUUCGCUGACCUUCCUGCUGGGUUCUAGCUUCUAUAAGAAGACCAUUGUGUUUGCCUAAUUCUCUACUUGAACUAUCCUUAUGUGUUCGGAUUUAGUUGGCACUAUGGUACUUUUGGGCCUUAACCUAUAAAUCUAUUUAUUUUUAAAUCCAGCCCCCAAGGGAUUUGAUUUCUCCCUCUAGACUAUGUAAGUGCACUUUCUCUUUAAGUAGAGGUGGGAACGGUGUGUGAAGGGCAAUGUUGCUUUCCCUUUAAUAUCUUUAAGGUUGGGUGGUGGUUGUUUUUUUUUUUGGUUGUUGUUUUUUUAAAAAAGGUUGCAUUCAGUGGUGGUACCGCAAAUAUGGACCAUGUGAAAUAUAUGUUAUUCUUCAUCUGGAGGGAUAUGUAAGACACUUUCAUCUGGGAGAACCACGUCAUUGAUUUUAAAUACUCCAGUGUGUUCAAGAAUGCAUGCGCAUACUCCUUGUUGCAUGUAUAUAGGCAUGUUUUCUGUCUGUCUCUCUCUCUCUCUCUCUUCCAUAUGCACAUACAUAUAUGCAGAGGCACAAGUAUUCUUUGCAUGAACACAAGUCUGCCUUUCCUCCAUUGGGAUACCAGUUUGGAUGGGAUAUGACCAGAACAGGGAAGAAGUUGCUGCCGAGAAGGAUUACUUGAGAGGGUAUAUUUUUUUAAUUUUUCAAGAUUUUUCUCUUUGAUGCAGAAGUUUGCCUUUACUCUGUUUAACUAGCUCUAUUGUUUAUAAUCCCGCUGCUGAUUGAACAGGUCCUUAGGCAGAAGCAGAGGAUAGCCCAAUGAGGAUGGGAUUAUAUUGGCUGAGUUUGAGAGAGAGAUCACUAGGAAGACAAAAGUCUUGAGUUUCGUCAUCCUUUACGGAAGUCACUUCCGUGUGGAGGUUUAUGUUCUGAUGGUGAAUAUUCAGGACUGGUAGCAAUUUGUUAACAUUUGUUUCUUGUUCUUCUGAAUAUCCUUGCUCUGCAAGUGUGACUCAUGGAAUUUUUCCUAUAGGGAGCAAGCCUCAGCAAAGGAUUAAAAAAAAAAAAGACGGGUGUGAGUGAAUGGACAAACCUGAAUAAGUACAGUCAGGAAACAAAAUGCAAAUGAGUAAAUGCAAACGUGAGGCAAGGAAGGGCUCUUUUCAUAUUGUUCAGGAUUUUUUAGACAUCGGUAAUGCAUCAGAUAACAUAUAUUUAAUUAAGCUAUUAGAUCUCAUUUUCUGGAAUGAAUUGUUCUCACACCGUGGAAACCCCUUAUAAUUUACGUUAGGAGACAAAACACAUUCCUUUCAUAAUGCCAAUUAUUUCCUAUAUAUCUGCUGAAGUUAAAAGGGUCACUUUUUUUUUUUUUUUUUGGUAAAGUACCAAUUUCUCCUCCUGGAGUUUCUCCUGUUGGCAACACGUUAGGAGCCCGUCCCUCCCAAGUUGUUUUUCUUCUCUAAUUUCAUAAUGAUAAAUUAGAUGGAAAUCAAAAGAAGGGAACAAAGAAGAAACGGGAGGAGGUGGAGAAAGGUACAAGAGUCAGCUUGCACAUGAGCAGUGGAAGUGGGAAUGGAGGACAAAUGGAAAAAAACAUUGGGCAACCUUUUGGUAGAGAGCGUUCUGCGCAUGUCUUGUUGCUAUGAGCUAGAGUUGAAAGAAAAAGAAAAGUACAUCACACACCUUAAAAGCAAUUUUUCACUCUCCAUACGAGAUUAACAUGAGUGCACUGGCACCCCCCCCCUUGUAACAUUUGCACUCAUUUAAAUUGGGGCGUGUUGCAGGAGAUUUUCUACUAGUAAGUGCGCUUAAAAAGGUAAUAGUUCUUAAUUAUAUAAAAUUUGUGUAAUAAGUAAGUGCUUACUAAUGAUAGAUGAUUGCUCGCCAUUAUUCUGGAAAAAUAGCUGAGAUAUAAAUAAAAUGGUUAGGGAACGGAAGAAGACACCUUUAUUGAAGUGGGGGAGGGGGGCAGGCUGUGGGAAAACGUGCCAGGCUGCCAUAAAUAGGACAGCCUUUAAAAUUCCCCAUCUUCUCCUUUUAUAGGUGACCAGGUGCUAUCUGAAAACAUCCUGGCUAACAGUGCUUAAUGAACCUUAAAUUUAGCCAGCCUGUUGAAUACCCAUUUGAUUCAGGCUUUCCCAAACUUUUGCUCUCUAGACAUGGCCAGUGGGCUUGAUGAGAGUUUUAUUUCAAUACAUUUAUUUCGAGAACACCAGGUUGGGGAGAAGUGUGUGUGUUAAGCCUUUAGAGCAGGGGUCUCCAACCUUGGUCCCUUUAAGACUUGUGGACUUCAACCCCCAGAG